AUGCUCGACAAUCAGCCCUCGCCACUGUUGACCAUUGCUUCGGACGUUCUUAGGGAGGUGGACAAUGCAGGUAGUCUCUGGGCGCUCUUCUCGAAAUGCAAAGGGAGCUUGAAAGACGGAGAACGAUUGGAGAAUCUCUCGUGGAGGCUAUGGCAUCGCGGGAUGGUCGUUGACCGCCAUCGUACGUGCAUCCAUGCCCAGAACGAUUCCAUCAACGACGGGGUUUCCCGCUCCUCUUCUGAAACUGAUGGCUGGACAAUCCACGCUCAUCCUUCGCCUCCGCCACUUUCCACGACACUAACGGCUUCACGCACACCAUUGGCCAAUCCAUCUUAUUCUGCGGCGUACAGAUCACCUGCGCCUUCCCUUGGAUCAUUUUCCUCGCCUUCUGCCUCCGUCAUCGCUUUUUCAGAGUCUGCGAAUGGUAGCAGUGGCAGCGAAUCAGAUUCAGGUGCGAACUCCUCGGAUGACCAGUUAGGGCGCCUUAUGUCAAGUUCAGGUGGAGGUACACUGUCCUUCCCCACAACAUCGGCUCCCCUUGUCCACGUCUCGGAAACUACCUGUCCGUCUUGCCACCUAAAAUCCACGAAGUCGCACAUCCCCUCACCGAUAACAUCCCCUUCUCCCUCACCUUGUCCUUCGUCCCCAACUCCAUCUCAAACUGUUGCCGCCGAUCAAACAUCCACUGAUGCUAGCCCGUACCCCGCACCCAGUACAACAGCAGCCGGCAACGAUGUUACCCAUAACGGCGCCGGAGAUAAUGAAAUUAACGGUGAUUUCCGUCGGCCUGAUGCUGGACGAAGGCAUGAUAUCUCCGAGCGGGAUAGUGGUUCCGGGGGGAAUAGGAAAGUAGCGCAAGGCUCAAUCAGGUCAAACGCUGGUAUUGUUUCAAGCACGGAUAAUGUGGCGGACGCAAUCAUAAGGACAAAUGGCUCAACGAUGACGACGUCGAAAAUGCCUCCUCCCGGCUUUUUGGUAACGGACGGACCCCGCCGUCGAAUAUUGCAUACGCAUCGCUCACCGCUCACCGUUGGAAGGAUGAUAUCUGAUAUCAUUCCUGGAGAUGUGUCGUUCUCUUCGGCCCUCAGCGAGCAGCAUCCUCGCGAUUUAAUACCUUCAUUGUCCGGGUCAAUUCAAUCGCCCAUACUGCUGAAUGGUAAAUUCUGCUCCCCAUCUCGACGCCAGUGUCCGCUCCCAACACCUGAACAUGAGUCUGUCGGUAUGAACUUGAACAUGGCCUCUUCGGCGCUCUACGAUAAACCUCCAAGCGAGGCGUCCUGUAAACCGGUUUCGCCCACCGUCGCUGUAACUAUCACUCCUUCCCCUAGCCCAUCACCUCAACAUGCUCCGGCUCCUGUAUACGUGACCUCUGCGUCGCAUAUUCCCGCAUCGAAUCCCGCUACCCCUAAUCGCUCACCAACACAUUCUGUACCAGGCACACCACAGUUUCAUUCACCUGUCGCAUCUCAUCCUCACACCCCCACGGCAUUUCUUCGUACCUCACCGCGCACACCGACUACAAAUCCCGGUAGCGUGAACCUCGCUCUAGCACCCCUUGUUGUCGUUGUGAAUCCCACACCUCAGCCAACCCCUCAUCCGACUCCUCCCGCUACGCCUACAUUGGUUUCUGCCACUGUCCCUUCAUUCGUAACGGCGUGUGGCGUUGGACUGGGACCAGAUCAGACCAGCAAUUCAGCCAAUAUCCAGAGCUCUUCACCCACGGCGAACGCUCCUGCGCCAUCGAGUCCUAGGACGACAAGCUCCAUUCCCACCCCUAAUGCUAACGCGACUUUGGAUACAGAUCGCACCCGUACUGGCUCCGUAUUGGCCUGUAUGGGAACUACCGCCAGUGCCCGCGGACCUUUGCCUGUCCCUGAUCAGAGAGACGAGUUGCCCCCAGGAAAACCACCAUCGAGCAUCAGCCCGCAACUUUCGAAGCCAGGCCUAUCUGUGAUGGUGGAUAAGGAUCGCACCUUGAAGCCCUCCGAUCGCCGAUUCUUCCUUCUUCAGUCUCCUGAGCGCUCGCCGGAUUCGGUUGUUUCUCCUGGCGCCUCGAGUAGUACAGACCUUGCCUGCAGCGACGAUAGUUCAAAGAAUGCCAAUAUGGGUAAGCCUACUGUCGUAGUAGCCCCUCGGGUGGCUCAGCGCGGACGGGAGCCUGCGAUGGAGGUCGUAGACGAGGAUAAAGUGACAGCUCGCAAGACAUGGCAAAGCGAAGAUGGCGAUCCGGGUGCCGUCAAAGAGCGCAGUCUCAGCCGUGACGCCCGACCGCCAUCGCGCACCAAGAACAGGUCAUCGGGUGCGCUUACUGCAAGCAAGCGAACCACGUCAACAACGAGUCUGACUGGUGGGACGCGUGCGAGGUCUAAGGGACUGGGUCUUGGAGGUGGGUUGACGAUGACAAAGAGUAAAGGAGUUGUCGGGAGAACGGGGAUCACCGGCAAGGUCGCUUUAGGGAUGAAGAGGGCAGCGAGCAGUGGAAUCCUGCCAACCACGACUGCUGCUCACGCGGACGAGCUUUCGACCAAGAAGGCCGUAGUCUCGAAUGGGAAGGGCAAGUCAUCGCGAGCCGAAGUACUUGCCCCACCUCGUCCUAACGCAGUCAUGCAUCGCGCCUCCUUCAAUAUUGGUAGUGGUUCGUCUGAAGGUGUCGAGAUUGGCGAGGGCGGAGAGACUAGUAGUAGGAGCGCUAGCGCGUCAAUUGGGGGCAGCGGUGGUGCACGUGAGCUGACGCAGAAGAUGCCCGGUGCGGCUCGCUCUAACAACAUCGUGCCGAAUGGGGACCGGCAGUCGCCUCCGUCUCUGGAAGGCCAAACCACCAACAAACCAGCCAAACUCCCUAUCUCGUCGUCUCCGCCUCAUGUAGUCGCAAGGCUCCCCAAUCCGGCAUCGCUUGCGCUUAACCCAGAGGCCGCCACUGCCGCUAUUCAACCUUCGCGUAAACGUGUCGUCGUGACUAACACAUCAUCUGAGGAUUACGAGACCGAGAGUAAUUCCGAAGAGGAGGAGGAGGAGGAGGCUGGAUCCUGGGCAAGCGAAGAUAUCAGUGAAGGAGACGAUGACGAAGUGGGCUUCGCGAAGGGUCAAAAGGGAGGCUCCAGCAGUGUUGUGAAGCGCUCGCACCAACGAGGAGGGAGCGUAGGCAGUCGCGGCAAAGGUCCCUCUUCAGGACAUUCGCGAACAGGGGGACCAUCGAAGGGCAAGGCCAAGUCGCCUCUGCAAGCUCCAGCCCCUGCACCGGCGCAGCGAACGAAGUCUUCCGGCCUUCAACAACAACAUCAGCGCCCUUUGGCGCCGCAACUACACCGUCGACAUACUUCUACUGCCAUUCACCCACAAGCACAGGCGUCACGACGGUUAUUGUCGAAGGAGGACGAGGCUGCUCUGAAGUUGCAAGCUGCGGCUGUAGAAGCUCAACGCCAACGCGAGCUGUUUACGAAGGUCCCAGUGCAGCCAACCAUGCAGAGGACGAGGUCGGGCUUGCUCAGCCAGUUGAUGAACCCUGAUCCCUCGAUCUUUCCGCCUAAUCAUCCGUACAGGCAGAGCUACUCAGCCGUCGACUUACGGAAAAUGGCAACGGUACCAAGGGUUGUUAGCGCCGGAGCUGGAGGGUUUGCCAUUCGUAGUGGUGGUAACGUGGUCGCGACACUCCCCAGUAUCGAGGAUAUCACGAGCGGCCACGUCCGACGUCCGAGCGAACAAGCCCCAAAGCUUCCGCCCAUCGUCGGUAGUUGGCGUAGUACAAAGGGGGCCGCUGCUAUGCCUCUGGCAGCUCAAGUCACCGUCAGUAACGUCCCUGCCCCAAACCAAAGCGGUGGUUCGGGACCGUACAGGCCCAAAGGUCGUCCUCAAGAGGAAGAACUCGAAGAUGAUACAGAUACCGACGACAACGCCGAUAACUCUGUGCCGAUGUCGGAGUCCUACGUCUAUCAGAAACUCGCUCAAAUGGUUGGACGCCGUGGGGCUGUGGCCAAUGGCAAGCAACGCGCGGACGCUGCACCCAAGCGGCCUGAGCCAAUUCGUGCUUUGACAACGAGCGAGUCGACGUCUUCCCAUGAUGCGCGGGUAUCAGCUACUCCUGUUCCUCUCGCGCAUCCAUACAAUCUCCCUCCUCCGUCGCCACCCUCGACUCCUCGGACGACACGCCAACGAUUCCUUCAGUCAGAAAUGCCUGAAAGUCUAAGGAGGAAUCUCCUUUGGGAACGACAAGUAAGCAAAAUGAACCUAGGGCCGCGUCGUCGAAGUACUGGUACUGGGGAGGGUGCAGCUGGACGUCCUGGCCAUCUCACAACGACACCUAGCAUGGUUCAACUGAGCGCGAAGACCUCAAAUACUAGCGUAAGAGAGGAGGAGGAGAAAGAGCGUCAGCGUCAACGUGAAUUGGAAGCAAAAGAGAAUGAGGAGAGGAUGCGUAGGGUAUUAGCGAAGACUCGUAAUCGUAGUUGGGCGGAUGAUUACCAUGCCUCCGGAUGGUAA